AUGGCAGCAGCAGUAGAGGCUUUCGAUGUACUGGUGCUUGGCGCUGGUCCAGCUGGAAUUUCAGCAGCGCGGGCGUUAUUGAAAGAAGGGAGCAAAUCCUUUCUGGUCUUGGAAGCUCGAUCCCGACUGGGUGGCCGUGCCCACGCUUCGGACUCGUUGGGUACCCAGAAAGACUUGGACCACGGAGCCCGAUGGAUUCAUGGAGUCUGCAACGAUAACGUCAUGGUCCGACUUCUCCGUGAAUUGACAUUCGACCAUCCCGAUGACGAGGGCGUCGAAUACCAAUUAUGCUUGCCCAAAGACAUUGAUGAUGAUGAUGCAAAACUGUCCACAGAUCCACCCUUUGGAAUUUCCGACGCUGGAGACACAGAGGUAAAUCACUCCGAACUCAUUCUCAAAGUCAAGGGUAGUCCAGAGCAACGACCUCCGGGCAAAAACUUGACCAUGAUUGUAUCAUCAUCAUCACAAGAUGGCAACAUUACGGCAAGGGAAGCCUCCCCGGAAGCAAGGCGGGUAUCUCGAACCAUAUUUCAAGAAAUUGUGGAAUCUGUCAUGGAAAAUCCACUCGAAACGAUUCACUCCACAAAGGCGUCUCUGAAACUGGACGAUGGAGCAUUCGAGGAAGCGUCUCUCUUGGAUCUUCUCUUACUUUUGCACGAUCCAUCGCACGACAACAACAACAACAAUUUGAACGACAAGGGAAAACGAGACCGGUUCGAGUCGAUAUGUCGGGAAAAUCUGGUCAUGAAGCAUCCACAGGUGGAGGAAACAAUAGCAUCAUUAUCAGAAUCCGAACAGGAGCUGUUUCGGGAAGAAGUCAUGGCACUAUUCAAUGUAGAGAUUGCCACCGUGGUCGAAGCAUGGGAAGGCUCCUCUCUGCACGUGCUAUCGGCCAAGCAUGGAAUGGAGGGAACUUGCUUGGGUGGUGGACACAUGAUCUUGCCCUUUGGGUAUGGUGGCCUCGUAAAGCGUUUGGCAUUUCCGUUGGUGCAAGGUAAUCAUAUCCGCUUUCAACACGAGGUGAUUUCCGUCGAGACAACAACUAGCAGCAGUGACAAUGAAGGCAGCACUGUAGUGGUUCGCUGCAAAGUGACAGAGGAAGGUGCUACAACAAUCAAGGAAUUUCAUGCCAAGGCUGUCGUUGUGGCCUUGCCAUUGGGUGUUUUACGAUCUCGUAGUAUUGCUUUCGAACCCGACCUUCCUGCGCCUGUGGUACAUGCCAUUCAAACAUUGGGAAUCACCAUGCGUGGCAAAAUUGAGCUGGCAUUUCCGCACUGUUGGUGGCCCACGGAGUAUGGCAGAUUCACACUGGCCUGCACCCACUUGCAGCAGAGUCCUACAUACCAUCCAUACACGACAUUCAUUGUCGAAUCCAUGUCAGGUCCUAACAUUCUCGUGUGUUACGUGGCCGGUGAGUUUUCCAAGGAAAUCGAAGAAAAGAGUGACGAAGCGAUUCAAGAGGAAAUCAUGACAGUGCUGCGACAAGCCAGCCUCGCGAGUGGCGACAUUCCCGAUCCCCUUGCCAUUCAUGUGACUCGAUGGCUUUUGGAUCCUUACUCCAGAGGGGCAUGGACUCAUUGUGGGAAAGGAUCCAGCCCUGCAGAUGUUAAGAGUUUCCGGUUGAAUGAAGAAUGCCAUCAACGGCAUCUCUUCUUUGCUGGAGAGCAUACAUGCGAUGGCUCAACCGUGAAGGGAGAUGAUUUUGGUUGUGUUAAUGGCGCUUGGAUGAGUGGUGAAUUGGCUGUCGAGGCUGCCUUGAAGUGUCUGCCAUCCUGA